UGCACCAUCUCAAAUCAUGAAGCCAGUAAGUGCUCCAGUUUCCGUGACAGUAUGGAAAAAAUCCUACGUGAGGCUGGCCCUCAUGUCACCUGUGUGAAGAGAAGCUCCUACCUUGAGUGCAUCAAGGCCAUCAUGGCAAAUGAAGCUGAUGCUGUGACACUGGAUGCAGGUUUGGUGUAUGAGGCUGGCCUGGCUCCCUACAACCUGAAGCCAGUAGUGGCAGAGUUCUACGGAUCAAAAGAAAAUCCACAAACCCGCUAUUAUGCUGUGGCCGUGGUGAAGAAGGGCAGCGGCUUCCAGCUGAACCAGCUUCAAGGCAAGAAGUCCUGCCACACAGGCCUGGGCAGGUCCGCUGGGUGGAACAUCCCCAUGGGCGUACUUUAUUGGGACUUGCCUGAGCCACAGGAAAAUCUUCAGAAAGCAGCGUCCAACUUCUUUGCGGGCAGCUGUGUUCCCUGUGCGGAUCGGACAGCCUUCCCCAAACUGUGUCAACUGUGUGCGGGGAAAGGGACAGACAAGUGUGCCUGCUCCAACCACGAACCGUACUUUGGCUUCUCAGGUGCCUUCAGGUGUCUGCAGGAGGAUGUGGGGGAUGUGGGCUUCGUGAGUCAUAUGACGGUGUUAGAGAACCUGGCACGCCAGGCUGACAGGGACCAGUAUGAGCUGCUCUGCCUGGACAACACCCGGAAGCCAGUGGACAAAUAUGAGGAGUGCUACCUGGCCCAGGUCCCUUCUCAUGCCAUCGUGGCUCGAAGUGUGGGCGGCAAAGAGGACUUGAUCUGGGAGCUUCUCAACCAGGCCCAGGAAAAUUUUGGGAAAGCCAAGUCAGCAGGGUUCCAGCUCUUCAGCUCUCCUCAUGGGAAGGACCUGCUGUUUACGGAUGCAGCCCAUGGGUUUUUAAGAGUCCCACCUAAGAUGGAUGCUAAGCUGUACUUGGGAUAUGAGUAUUUUGCUGCUAUUCAGCAUCUAUGGAGAGGUGCAGAAGACCCCCAGAGGGUGCAGUGGUGUGCAGUGGGCCACCACGAGAGGGCCAAGUGCGAUGAGUGGAGUGCCGUGAGUGGUGGUGCCUUGCGGUGCACCACAGAGGAGACCAUCGAAGACUGCAUAGCUGCCAUUAAAGGAGAAGCUGAUGCCAUGACCUUAGAUGGAGGAUUUAUCUACACGGCAGGCAAGUGUGGUCUGGUGCCUGUCCUGGCAGAGAACUACAUGCCUAAGGAUGGCAAUGAGCAGCUUGGGUCCAAAUGUGUGAAUACACCCAUGGAAGGUUACUACGCUGUGGCAGUGGUUAAGAAAUCGGAUGCCGACCUCACCUGGAACUCUCUGCGAGGCAAGAAGUCCUGCCACACUGUAGUUGGCAGUUCUGCAGGGUGGAACAUCCCCAUGGCUUUAAUAUACAACCAAACUGAGUCCUGUAAAUUUGGUGAAUUCUUCAGUCAGAGCUGUGCCCCUGGGUCCGAUCCAGACUCCAGUCUCUGUGCUCUGUGCAGUGGCAGCGGCAGCAAUCCAGCCCACAGGUGUGCUCCCAGCAGCCACGAGAGAUACUAUGGCUCCAGUGGGGCACUCAGGUGUCUGGUUGAGAAGGGAGACGUGGCCUUUGUGAAGCACCCCACUGUCCAGCAGAACACUGACGGAAAUAACCCUAAAGAUUGGGCUAAGAAUCUGAAGCAGGAAGACUUUCAGCUGCUGUGCCUUGAUGGCACCAGGAAGCCUGUGACUGAGGCUCGGAGCUGCCACCUAGCCAGAGUCCCAAGUCAUGCUGUGGUCUCAAGAAAAGAUAAAGCAGAUUUUGUUCGCAGAAUCCUCUUCAACCAACAGGAGCUCUUUGGAAGAAAUGGGUUCGAAUAUAUGAUGUUCCAAUUGUUCACAUCCUCAACCAAGGACCUGCUCUUCAGUGAUGACACAGAAUGUUUGGCUAAACUUCAGGACAAAACAUCUUAUCAAAAAUACUUAGGGCCAGAAUAUCUUAUGGAUAUUGCUACUGUGAGACAAUGCGUACCCUCUGAACUUCUUGAUGCCUGCACAUUCCAUGGAAAUUAA